UUCGCCUUAGGCCCCAAAAAGGAUAGGCACGGCACUGCCCGUGAUCCAAAAAAUUUCCGGUUCAGCUUCCGGAUUUAAAAACACUGCCCUUAAGUGUGAAACUAGUCGACGAGUUCAAGUUUAAUUAUUCAAAAAUAGGUGGAAAGUACCAUACAUAUAGAGUGCAGUACUCUUUAACGCACUUUUUGAGUUUUUUACUAGUACAUCCAAAUGAAAAGCGUAACAUUCAAUUCUUUUUGGAAGAAUUUCGCUUACAACAAUUUAACUUCAUUAGCUUAAUAAGAAAGGAUGUAAAGGGAAAGAGUCCAAAAAUAGUUGCCCGAAUUAUAGAAUUACUGAAAGUAGUAAAAUCAUUUGAAAUAACAUGACUAUUUCAAGCAAGCUAGAUAUAUUAAUUCUCUUAUAAAUGACCACAAAUAUGAAAUGGCAAACGAGAACAACACUUUCAUGGAAAAUUCAACAUAUAUCAGCAUGUAUAUAUAUGGAGAGAUGGUAAAACUAUCUAUAGGUUUAUCCUCAUCCAAACUAAUUAAAAAAUAAAAAAUAAUCUUUUGAGAUUACUUUCUAGCUAGAAUUAACAGACAACUUUCUGUAGUGAUUUUGAUAUAAUGGCCAGGAGAAAAUUCAUGACUAAAUGGUUAUUUUGAAUACCUAAUUUCUGAGAUGUUUUCAAAUUAGGGUUUCUUUUUGUUUUUGGUUUAGAGCAACAAACAAUAUAAAGUAAAUAUAUGUUAUUACAUGAUUAAUAUCAGUGUUCAAUAAAUUGAUAGGCGAUAACUAGGCGUUUUGAGCACUGGAGCACACAUAACAUCAUAUUCUUUAGUUUGCAUCUUACUUGUGAAUCUUUUUUACAUCACGGAGAGAUGAGACGCAAACGUUUUAUAGUUUUAUAGGAGACUAUUGAUUAAACGGGCACUUAGACCGCUUUUUAACGUUCAAACCGAUUUUUAAAAAUCUUUCAUUUCAUUUAGGUCUGACUUACUAUCUAAGCGCUGCCUAAAUUAAUUUUUAGGACACUGAAUUAUAUUAUGAUCAAAUUUUAUUUUUUGACUAGGAUAACAUACAUAAAAGGGAUGAAAACAUUUAAAAAAAUUCAGCUAAACGAGUUGAGGAUUUUACAAUGAUUUUAUUUGCAUUUUGAUUUUUAUGAUCGGUCAUAUACUCAUAUUUUUGGUUGAUACACGAAAAAUUCGAAUGAUUGUUUGUCUUGCCCUCGAAUCUUGAUUUCUUCCUUGUCUUCUAAAACCGUUUAGAACAAGUCCAUGUUUCAACUCAUACGCUAACAAAGCUAAAUAUGUUGUCAACUUUAUGUUUUCGUCUUAGUUUCAUAGAUGGUUUAAAGAACAAGUAAUAAAAGAUGAUGUUCUAUGUAAUAAAAGAUGAUGUUCCCCCUCUGAAUUGGUAUAUGACAUUAUUUAUUUUAUUUAGUUAAACUUGAACAAGAUCUUUCUCUAUAUAUAUUGCUAGUUUUCUCUUAUCUUUUAAGCUAUCUUCAUACACAAGAAAGAACAAGAAAAUGAAAAAUUUCAUCAGAUUCUCUGCUUUUUUGUUUUACUUCUUGUUGGUCUCUCUAUUAUCUCACCAAACCAUGUCCCAACCUCAACACAUACACACUUUCUGCGACAAUUUAUCCGAAACCUUUUCACAAACCAGCCAAUACAAAUCAAACCGUGAAACCCUCCUAUCAUCUCUCCGCGACCGUUCCCCUCUAGGAACCUAUUACAACGCCACGGUCGGUCUUAGUCCCGACACAGUUCAUGGCAUGUUCCUCUGUAGAGGAGACAUCACCAAACAAUCUUGUUCGAACUGUGUGAAGACUGCAACCCUAGAAAUCACUAAAAAUAACUGCACUUAUACAAAAGAUGCUAUAAUAUUCUAUCAGGAGUGCAUGGUUCGAUACUCCAAUGUUUCCUUCUUACGUAUCGUCGAAAAUGGACCUUGGGCCGCUAUGUACUCUAACGUUUCUUUUCCUGAUUCCUUUUUGUUUCCCUUCCGGGAAACUCUAUCAGAUAAGGUAGAGAAGCUAAUUAUCCUCACAGCAUCAAAGUCUUCUUUGUCUUCUUUGACGCCGUAUUACGUUAGGGACAGAAACAAAGUGAAUGAAUUUGAUAGAUCGUAUACAUUAGACACAAUGGUUCAGUGUAGUCCUGAUCUUGAUCCAGCAAAUUGCAGCGUCUGCUUAAGACUUGCGGUCCAAGGAGUCUCAAGCUGUUGCAAUAAUGCUCGUAUAGCUCAGUUCUUUCUUCCUAAAUGUUUUUUGAAGUAUGACACAUUCGGUUUGCCAACAACUCAGUCACCCAGCGGCUCAUUCUCUGUCCAUGCUAUGAAAGGUGAGCAAGCAUAAUACUGGGGCCUCGAUUAUUUUUAAUUCGUCCACAUUAGUGUUUGCCUUUGCUUUAUAUGCUGAAAUAGUGUAUUUAGAUUUUAGAUAGAAAUCACUAUAUUUUCUUCUUUUAGAAAUGGCAUAGUUUAUUUUGAUUUUGUUUUUCAUAAUAAAAUACAACUAUCAGGAAGAUAAUAGAAUAAGCACCUAAAACCCAAAUAUUAAUAUGUUUAUUUUGUAUUACAGGAAACGAAAUAUAUGUGAGGAUAUUUAUUACAGCCAUGGCAACUUCGUUGUUAACACUUGUGGGUCUAUGAUCCAAUCCAAUGAUUAUGAAGUUUCGUCAAUAUUUGUUUUCCACUAAUUUAUGUGACGUGUGAUGUGCUAUUGUCUUUAAAAUUAAGAAGUAACAUACUUGUAUUCUAAGUUAUCUCAAAAAGUUUGACAUUUGAUACUCUUACUAAGUAGUAUCCUCAUACUUUUCUCUGCAUCAAUUUGCCUUCUUAAUUGUAAAACUGAGUCUUCCAGAACAAGUCUAUGUUGUGCUUCAGCAACAAAAGCGUCAACUUCACAGUUUUCAUAGUUUCAUCUGGUUUAAAUAAUGAAGAAACAAUAAAGAUUAACAUAUAUUUAUACAAGAAUAUGACCUCAAGAAUCACCUGAAAGUAAUAGGAUAAGAUAACUUGGCUAGUCAAAGGUAAUGCAGCUUUUUAUAAAUCUCUCUGCCUCUUCCUCUCAUAUUUCAUAAACAUGAAAAAUCAAGUAAUGGCAAAAAUGAUCACUCUCUCUAAUCUCUUAUCUUCUGUACAAACCAAACCAUACCCCGAUGUGGCGACAUCCACAUGCGCACGUUAAACAUAUAUUAGAUACAAGGGCUUGGCAUUUUCCAGAAAAGCUCUUAUUUUUUCUCUUUAAAUUACUUGGAUUGAUAACGUAAAGCAAGACAAAGAUUACCAGUAGGUGUGAUUACAAUAACAGCCAGCAGGCUACUUAACAGAGACUGAAAUAACCAGAUAAGAGUUUGCUUCAUGCAAAAUUAUCUUGUGGAGCCCGAUCUCUCGAUGAUCGUGAUCAGUUUUUAGUAUGCGCAUUACUUCACAACACUCUUCUUCCGUCUUCCCAUGUUAAAUUAAAUAUACUCCUCCACGGAAGUUUCUUGCAAAGCUCUGUUACUCUGCCUAAAAGCAUUUCUUUAAAAGAU